AUGCCUUACUCAAAGAUCGACGUCCAAGCCGAAAAGGCAGACCAGCAGGCGCAGGUCCAACAGCUCAACCAAUGGUGGGCAUCCCCACGUUACGCAGGCAUCACUCGUCCCUACUCCGCCGAAGAGAUCGCCUCAAAGCGCGGCUCCCUCCUCGGACGCCAGGUCCCAGCUGCCAACAAGCUCUCUGAGAAGCUCUUCAACUUGCUCGUGGAGCAUGACAAGAAGAAGACUUGCAGCCGUACAUUCGGCGCAUUGGAUCCCAUCCAUGUUGCGCAAAUGGCCAAGUAUGUCGACAGCAUCUACGUCUCUGGCUGGCAAUGCUCGUCUACUGCAUCCACCUCAAACGAGCCAGGACCAGAUAUCGCAGACUACCCAAUGGACACUGUCCCCAACAAGGUCGAACACUUGUUCAUGGCACAACUCUUCCAUGACCGUAAGCAGCGUGAGGACAGGUUCUCCAAGACUGAACAAGAGCGUGCAAACCUCAAGUACAUCGACUUCUUGCGUCCCAUCAUCGCUGACGGUGAUACGGGACACGGUGGUUUGACUGCCGUUAUGAAGUUGACCAAGAUGAUGAUUGAGCGCGGUGCCGCUGGUAUCCACUUUGAGGACCAAGCACCCGGUACGAAGAAGUGUGGUCACUUGGCUGGAAAAGUGCUUGUGCCAACACAAGAGCACAUCAACCGUCUCGUUGCUGCACGCGCCAUGGCUGAUUUGCUUGGCUCUUCAACUGUGAUUGUUGCUCGUACCGAUGCUGAAGCGGCAACCUUCAUCUCCACCAACAUUGACCAGCGGGAUCACAAGAACAUCCUCGGUGUGACGACGCCUGGACUCAAGCCACUCGCCACGCUCAUGUACGAAGGUGAGCUCGCUGGAAAGCGUGCCUCGCAACUUGAAGAGCUCGAAAACAAUUGGAUGAAGCAAGCCAACAUCAUGCUCUUUGAUGAAGCCGUGAUUGCAACCAUCAAGAAGUCUGUUGUUUCAGGUCAAGACGCAGCCAUUGCAAAAUACCUCGAACAAACCAAGGGUAAGAGUAACACGGAGGCGCGCGCCAUUGCACAAACCAUUACGGGUGUGGAUAUCUUCUUUGACUGGGACAGCUGUCGUUCGCGUGAGGGCUACUACCGUUACCAGGGUGGUACUCAGGCUUGUGUUGAGCGUGCCAUCGCUUAUGCACCGUAUGCAGAGCUCUUGUGGAUGGAGACCAAGAAUGCUGGAUACGAGCAAGCGCAUGAAUUCGCAACGGGCGUCAAGGCUGUUUGGCCUAAACAGUGGCUCGCCUACAACCUGUCACCUUCGUUCAACUGGUCCACCAACUUGCCAUCAGACAAGAUUGCAACAUUCAUUGAGGAUAUUGCUAAGCUUGGCUUUGUCUGGCAAUUCAUUACCCUUGCAGGUCUUCACUCGUCUGCGUUGGGUAUUGACACGUUUGCCGCUGGUUAUGAAAAGCAAGGUAUGAAGGCAUAUGUUGAGAUGAUUCAAGAGCCUGAACGUGUGCAUGGUGUUGAAGUUUUGACGCACCAAAAAUGGUCUGGUGCAGAGUACAUGGAUCACUUGCAGGGACUUGUUACGGGUGGUGUCAAUUCGACCUCGGCGAUGGGUGCUGGUGUCACUGAGUCACAGUUUGCGACUGACCCCAAGGCGAAGAUCUAG